AAAAGCGGUUCAAUGCUUUUGUACAGUCGUAAGAAGGUUCGAUACAGACGGGAUGGUUAUUGCUGGAAAAAACGCAAAGAUGGAAAAACUACAAGAGAAGAUCACAUGAAACUCAAAGUCCAAGGAACUGAGUGCAUUUAUGGUUGUUACGUCCAUUCGGCAAUUCUACCUACAUUCCAUAGAAGGUGUUACUGGCUUUUACAGAACCCUGACAUAGUGUUAGUGCACUACCUGAAUGUGCCCUACCCGGAUGACAACAAGCUGGCAGUGAUCGCACCCAGCGUGGCACUGUGGGGCGACAAGAAGGAGUGGACCAAAGACGAAUUGGUGUCUCAGCUGAAGCCCAUGUUUUACAGUGAGGAUGAACCUGAUCUCAAUAACGAAUUAGAAAUAUCGACGGCAGAAACAGUGGAAGCAAUAGUAAGCCAGCUGAUGGAGAAGCAGCGGUGUGCGAGGGCGGCUGCAUUGAGCAAAACCUUGGAAUGCGGCUGUCCUGACUCGACCUGCGCAGACGGCAAGGCCUGUUCACAUCCGAUGCGCCGCAUCAGUGCUGCCAAAACACCCAACAUGACCACCGUCCAGUGCAAGCAGGAAGUGCAUAGCGGCAUGAUGACCACUGAGAAUAAUAACCAGGUAUCAUCAACUACAGGGUCGUCAAGCAUGAUGCAUCAUCACCACCGCAUCAUGUCAGUUAAUCAACAGCAUCACAGCGUCCAGGAGACCAGAACAACCAUGUUUCAACAUCAGCUGCAUCAUCAUCAGCAGCAGAACCAUAAUCUGCACCAUCAGGCUCUCAUUACCAAUCCUCAGGUGUCGCAAGGCCACCAGACGUCAGUGACAACGUCCGCCUCGUCUGGGGGGGCCCCACUGGUGCUGAGCUUGUCGCAGAUCCAGAGCUCGGGUGGUCUGCUAAUCCUCAACUCCGGCAACCAGUCUCACAUUCCCACCUCCCAUGCAGCCAGUCAGCAUCAUGAAACUAACAGGCCACAGGCUUCAUCAGCAACCGUCCAUCAUCACCACCAGGCCAACAUUGUGACGUCAUUCGUCACCUGCACCAAUCAGAUGAGAGCCGGAGGAGGAGGAAAUGGUGGAGGAGGAGGAGGCAACUCCCAACUACAACGAACCUCUGUGGAUGUGAAGCCUGUUGUACCCAAGCAGGAAGCUAUGGAGAUGGAAGUAGUGAACUCUUGCCAGGUUCUCUCCGCGCACCGGUUGACAGAGUCCAUCACAACUGUGAGCCAACAUCAGUCAGCCAACAGUGACUGCCGCAUGAGCCACAACAACCGCAACAACACCACCAACACUCGCAACAACCACAGACAACAUCAGGACAUGGCUGCCUCCCGACACACCAACAUCCCCGAGAAGAUGGACAUCACCAACGGAAAUGUUAUCAUGGAUAAUGAGUAUGAUACAGGUUAUUCAAGAUCUUCAACCACCUCAAAAGCCUCCAAAACCGACCAACAACUCUCCCCUAAGCACAUGGACACCUCCUGCGAUCUCAACAUGGACAUCAAAACUCCUUCCACAUCGUCUUCGUCUUCCUCCACCUCUUCCUCGUUCGCGAAUAUGGAUGGGAAGGCAGAAGGAGGAGGAGGAGGAGGAGGGAAUCAUCAUCACAACUAUUUUAAUGAGACGUUGGAUUUGUCCCAGGAGGAUAUACAGCAGACACUGUCGGCCAACAUGCCUAUGAACUGUGGAACACCGGAACCUCAACAUGGUGACAGGAGCGGUCACCAUAGCUCCAAGAACUCUAGCAAUGACAACGAUGUCUUGGUGUCCAGUCUGAAUCCGAUGGACUUCAUAGAUGUGACAGUGUCACCCCCAACAGCAGUGGAUGAUGAUGUGUUUGUCAACUUGGAGGCUUUCGAUAUGUUGGGCGAAUUUCCUGAGUUGGAGGGACUUGAAUCCAGUCAUAAUGAAACAAGCAUCAUAGGUCUGACCACAGACAAGGACUCCUCUCCCCAGGACGAAACCUCGACCCCCACCCCUGUCCAGUACGGGGAUGAUGUGAGUAACAUCACGGACUACAGCCCCGAGUGGGCCUACCCCGAAGGAGGGGUGAAGGUGCUAGUCACUGGGCCCUGGUACUCCACUACAUCACCCUACACGGUGCUGUUUGAUUCUUGUCCUGUACCCACAACACUGGUGCAGUCUGGGGUGUUGAGGUGCUACUGUCCAGCUCACGAAGUGGGUUUAGCAUCGCUGCAGGUGGCCUGUGACAACUUUGUCAUCUCCAACUCGGUGAUGUUCGAGUACAAGCUGCCCCCCAAGGCGGAGGAGUCAUCACCGCCCCCCGUCAAAGAGUCGGCAGCCAACGACAACCUGCUCCGGUUCACCCUGCUACAGCGGCUUGAAGCCAUCGACGACAAACUGCACAUCAAGCAGGAGCCAGAUGUCGGCAAUGAUUCGGUGGGAAGCGGUCGUAUGUCGAAGCAGAACAGCUUCGAGGAUCGGCUGGUGAGCUACUGCCAGGAGAUGUGUCAGCGACCCUGGAGGGUCGAAUGUCAUCGCGAAUCUAUCGACAACUCCAUCUCAUGGUUUUCCUCUCACAGAUCGAUGACAAUCCUCCACCUGGCCGCCCACCUGGGCUACACCCGUCUGCUGAGAGCUAUGCUACGAUGGAGGAACAGCAACCCCUCCCUGGCCCUUGAGAGUGAGGUGGACGCCCUCAGCAGGGAUGCAGACGGUUCCACCCCGUUGGCCAGGGCUUGUGCCAGUGGUCACUGUGAGGCUGCCAUUCUGCUCUACAGGUGGAACCACACAGCCCUCGGAGUAAGGGAUGAUAAGCUAAGAACUGCUCUAGACUGCGCCCGUGAAAACGAACAUAACCGACUGGUGGAGGAGAUAGAGCGAUUGGAGAAUGAGAGGGUGAGAAACAGCGAUGCUCUCUCUGGCAUCUCGUCUGUCGAUUGUUUUGUCUCUCUCAUUCAUGGCAGUCAAGACAGCUCCGAUAAGACCUCAGACAGCACAGAACCAUCGGUGAAAUCCCGUCGCGAAGCACGGGUGAUUGGAGACAGAGACGACGGUAUAUUUUUGAGACCGAUUUCGAAAAAUGAAAGCCAACAUCUCAGAUUCAGUGCCUCCCCUGUCGAGCUGGAAGAAGGAGCAGGAGUAGGUGGAGGAGGUGUAGGAGGAGGAGGAGGAGGAGGAGGAGGGGUGAAUGAGAAUAAAAUGUUUUUGAGUGGACUGGAUAACACUAGAAGAACUCAGAAUUCCACUAGUCCUGGACCCACAGCUGGUGGUACCUCGGACAGAACAGUCAACACCAGAAGCAGCAAUAAUCGACUGUUUAAACGGCAAUCAGUUGACAGCGGAAUACACGUUGAAUCGUCAACGCCUGCACGAAACAGCUCUAAAUCAACGUCAACUAGUCGAGAUAACCCGAAACUGUCCAGGUUUGACAGGAGUAUGUCACUUCCUCUACAUUCCCCUCUGUCAGGAACGGAUUCAGCCUAUGACAGUGCAAUGUCAGACUCCCCUAUCAGGAGAAUGGACUUUGCUCUAUUUUUACAAGGUGAGAGCUCACUACCUAACCUGCAAAUAGAUGCCGCUUUGAACCAAGACAGUUUUGGUCAGCUUGAUAUGAAUAUAUCCGAUGAAGACCAGUCUUCAAAUGUGUCAGGGGAGCAAGAAGUACGAGUCUUAACACUGGCUGAACAGAUCAUAGCCGCCAUGCCAGAUAGAAUCAAGAGCUUUUGUGGACAUCACCCACAAUACUAUGAUGUCGCCACUCCUGCAUCUUCUCUCUCUCCAGCUUCAUCUUCUUGUCUCCCCUCUCCUUCUCCUUCCACAUUCCCCCUCCCUGAUUCGCCCUCUCCUCCCCCCACCACUGCCGAUUUCUGCGAGUUCUUCCACGCGUCCACUAGUCCCUUCGAGAAGGAUUUCUCCAAUUUGACAUUGUCAGAUCGUGAACAGAGAGAGCUAUACGAGGCGGCGAAGAUAAUCCAGAAGGCGUACAGGUCGUACAAAGGACGGAAGAAGCUGGAAGAGCAGGACAAAGAGAGAGCUGCGGCUGUGCUGAUACAAAACUACUAUAGGAGAUACAAACAGUACGCCUACUUCAAGCAAAUGACUAAGGCAGCAAUGGUUAUCCAGCAUGGCUUCCGAUCCUACUGCGAACACAAAAGGCGUUUCAAGAAGAACAAGGAGUCGGCUGCUGCCCUCAGGAUACAGAACUACUAUAGGAACUACAGGGAACAGGGAGGAGGGGCAAUGGACGGAGGAGGAGGAGGAGGUGGAGGAGGAGGAAGAGGAGGAGACGUGAGGACAGGCACGGAGAGUGGAGGGAUGACGUCGUCUGGUUUGAAACGUACCUAUUCACAAAGGAGACAACAUCAAGCUGCUAGAAAAAUCCAACAAUUUAUGAGACAAUCGAAAAACAAUUCUUGCAUCCAGUGUCUGGGAAUUAGGACCUGCAACUAUGGUUGCAGAAAGAGCGAGCCGGAAACGAGAGGCCACACUACCCAUGAGCCAAGGCUGCCCUGCCAAGCUUGCUCCCACAUCAAGGCAAAGGCUAAGACAUUCACUAACUCCAUCCAACAAACUGUAGACAACGACUCAACUACACCAGAGGCCAAGAAAGCAGCCUGCAAUCUAACCUCAAAUAUUCUAUCAUCAUUUCUGCUCUCCCCCAAUGACUUCAAUGAACUGAGAAAGCUAUGGUGUCAUGGUACACCAUAAGCCUUUCAUCAACUACCAAGGAACACCAUAAAUUGAUCUUCAACUACAUUGAUCUUCAACUACAGUCAUCAACUACAUUGAUCUUCAACUACAGUCAUCAACUACAUUGAUCUUCAACUACAGCCAUCAACUUCAGUCAUCAACUAUAUUGAUCUUCAACUACAUUGAUCUUUAACUACAGUCAUCAACUACAUUGAUCUUCAACUACAGACAUCAACUACAUUGAUCUUCAACUACAGUCAUCAACUACAUUGAUCUUCAACUACAGUCAUCAACUACAUUGAUCUUCAACUACAGUCAUCAACUACAUUGGUCUUCAACUACAAUCAUCAAGUACAUUGAUCUUCAACUACAUCAAUCUUCAACUGCAUUGAUCUUCAAUGACAUUGAUCUUCAUCUUCAUUGAUCUUCAACUACAUUGAUCUACAUUGACAGUCACAAACUACCGUUCCAUAACAUUGAGAAUCAUAAUUCUUUGAAUGAGAUCUAUCUUUGGAAGGAAUUUGAAAUGUGGUUAAUAAUUGAUCAUAAACUGCUAUGGAAUACCAUAUAUUUAACUUAAAGGAUUCCCUAAUCUUGGAAAAUGGAGCCCCUCUUAUCAGAUUUACAUAAUUUAAAGACAGAAUUGGAAUUAGAGUUAUUGUGUUUGGAAAGAUAUGUUUAUUGAACACCAUAAUAAUAAUAAUAUUGAGUGACUUGGCUGGCUCAGGUCUGGUAUCAGAGUUUUCAGGUCGCAAAUUAUCAAUUUCAGGGCCUCUGAUGACCUAACACUGCUUUUCAGGACCGACGGUUUAACGUGUCCAUCCAAAACACCAUAGACUAUGUAGGCUACCAUGAAUCAAUUGUCUUUGAAGGUCGUGUUGAAGAACUUUUUACAGGCUCUUGUAAAAAUAUUGUAAAACUCUUUGAAGAUCAUGUAAUGGGUUCCCAAGGUUUUAUUACAUAAACUGCAAGAAUAAUAGACACCUACAAGGUUUUCUAGUUCAAUAGUCCUAUAUCAUGGAAUUUAGAUAACAUAUAGAUAUUGUUCAACAUUUUAAGGUGGUUCCAAAACCAUUUCAGGGUUUCAAACACCUUUUUUAUUAUGAUCAAAGACUGUUAAAUUGCUAGAAUGGUUCAUUGCUUGUGGAAAAAUUCAUCAAAAUUCUAUCUCUUGAUCUAAUCAUGUUUUAUCAACAAUAUGCCUUGAAAAUAGAUUACCGUAAUCAAUCUUGUUCAUCAGUAUCUGAAAAGCUUCUACAUUAAUUUGUUAGGAUAAAAAAUUGAUCUAUCUUAUAUCUACUAGAGAAAUAAUUUUGAGGGUAUUAACAUUAUGAGGACUUGAUCCAUGUAUAUCUCAGAAAAACAGUUCAUAUUUCUCUAUUAAUUGCAAAAAGUCAAACAAUUUGCUUAAUAUCUAAUGUUAUUUAAGCUGCAAAAUAUUAUUAUUCUCCAAAUUUGAAAAUCUAAGAAUUUCUUGUAGUAUUCCACUUCUAAUCUCUUAUGUGAUUUCACAUUCAUAGUUCAAACAAUAAAUUAUCAACUCCAAUAACUUUGCAAUUUAAUCACACAUUCAAUUCAUUUUCCAAGUUCACUUAAUAAUAUUAGACUAGUAAUUUAGCCUAGUAUUUAAUUGCUUGAGAAUAAUUACCAAUUAAAGACAAAUUUUCAAUUAAAAAUAUCAGAAUUCAUCUAAUAAUGUUAGAGGUAAAAGGGUAAAAACAGUUGAAACUUUCUCUUGAAAAUGAUGAAGUCUAUUAUAAGAUAGGAGGUUAAGUGAUAAUGAUAUUCCUUGUAUAAAAAUCUGUGAAAUUUAUAUCAAAUGCAGAUUUACAAACUGAGAUAUCCAUAUAGUAUCACACCAAUCUACACAUUGUGUAAAAAAUUUAGGAUAUCAUUCAUUUUCUGUCAAAUAAUUUACUUCUAAUAGGCAUAUUUAAGAUUUAUCCAUCUUUUUCUGUCUCUAUUAUCUUAUAUUAUACACCACUUAUAGUGCUCAAUUAUUAUGAAUUUCAUGAAAGCUGUUAACCAACCUAAUAUAAAUCCAUUAGUUUGUUUUUUUAAAAAUCUUUCAAAUUUCACAUCUUCUACGUCUUAUCAUUAUAAAUAUUAGGCUAUUUUUAGAGUUUUGCAAUUAGAAUAUUAAAGACUGCUUGAAAAACGACGAUAUUUUUAUUAAAAUUUCUGUAGGUUCAAUGAUAAUAGGAGUACAAAUAAUUGAUAUGGGUCAUUAAGAUAAUAUAGAAAUAAUCGAUCACACUAUAGAAAAACUUGUAGGAUUAUCGAAAAUUUUAUCGAUUAUAUCAAGAAUAUCGAUUAUUGGGAUUAUAAUCUCAAUAAGGUGAUCUUAAGAUUCUUCUACGUUGUAAAAUUUUUUCACAUCUAUCAUAAUUUACAACUCCUAGAAAUAUUGAUACAGUCUAGUAGAUGAAAAAGUAGGGUUCUAGCCCACAAAGUCUAGUAGAUGAAAAAGUAGGAUUAUAGCCCACAAGGUCAAUAUCAGGUCAACAUGUAGAAUAAGUUUUUUCCUUUUAAGACUACUCAAGCAACCAAACUUGAUACUUUUUAAACAAUUUCAUAAAUUAAGAUAGCUUAUAGAUUACACACUUUCCAUAGAAAGUUUUGAGCUACACACAAGCAAACUAUAAUCCCUGGUUUUUGAAGGUAAAUGAAAUAACUCACAAAAUAAUAAACCCCUUCAAUACUGUAUAAUACUUCAAAUCUAUCACAUUUUCAAUUUAAUCAUUUAUUUUUUUAAAACAAUAUUUAUACUAGUGUUGUAGGUAUUUUGGCUUCAAAAUAUUGUAUAAAAAUUGUUGAAAUCUUUGAAUAGUAUCAUCUCCACUCACAAAAUACUGCCAAAUAACUGAUAUUUUGAAACCUUGUAGGAAAAAAUCUUUGAACUAUUUGUGAAAUGUUGAAAAUAAACCUUCAAAAAAUAUUGAAAAUCUGCAAAAUAUUAAAACUAAUAGAUAGAAAUUAAUUCUUCCUAUCAUAAUACAACACAUACCUUUCUCAGAUUUGAAAUCUCUUAACUAGUACAAUAUGAAGGAUUUUAUAGUUGACAAUUAUUAGAGGUUCAUAAUUAAAAUUAUAGCUACACUGUUUUCUAUAAAAUAUAUACAUAAAAUUGACAAAUCACAUGCUUUUAUAUUAUAUAUUAUAAUGUAAAUCUUUCAAUUAUUUAUUUCCAACUUUUCAGUAGUUUUUCAAGAUCCUGUUCACUUAUUACUAGUAUGAGUCCAUUUUAAAUGUAGAAGAAUAAUUCUUUGAUAAUACUAUUGAAUGAUAAUACAAAUAUUAUAAUUUAUUAAAUUUUUCAAUCUUUGGAAUUCUUUCACAUAAUUUAUCUAUGUGUAUUUUGGGUUCUCCAUAUAUUUCCGCUCAUUGUAAAGUGGGAUUCAUGUUAAGCUGUUAGUGCCAGUUGCACAAAAGCUAGUUAAUUUUUAAUCAUAAUUAAUUCCAUGAGAACCAAUCAGUGAAGCCAUCUUUUUAAAAAGCCUUCUCUGUUUGGCUUUUGUGAAAUUAAUCAUGGUUAAAGUUUAAUCCACUUCUGAGCAACUAUUCAUGAGGAAUGCUGACAAUUUAUGAUGAAUUUCAAUAUAGCUUAACAAAAAUUGAUAACCCUUUUUCUAUGAACUGCCAAACUAAAAUUAUACUUUUUCCAUCCAUUUAAUUUCAUCCCAUAUUUUGUUCAGUGUUGCAUAUUAUAUAUUUAUAUUUUAUUGGCUGUGAUAAUUAUUGUAAUAUUGGUGUUGCGUUAUCAUUCUUGGUCUUUAUAACAUCAUUUCUAUUUUAAUCUUUAAAUUUCAAUAAUUAAGUUCAAGUAUGGUAAGCUAGGAUGAAACUUUAGAAGGAAUUUAUUUGAAUGUUAUGUGUGUCCCUGUUUCUAUGAAGAAUUGUCAUAUUAGUUCAGUUUAUUGUUGUUUAAUGAUAUGUGUAGUUGUGUUACAGUAUUCUCGUUUGAAUUUUGGUCAUCUAUGUUUUAAAAGCAAGGAUAUGUGUUCUCCAGCCAAUAUAUUUGUACAAUCAAAUUCUAAUCAAUUGAUUCUAUUUUAGUUUAUGCUUUUCUCAUUUAUCAAAUGAAGUUAUUACUGUAAUUAUACAUAAGGUAAACAAACAAUUAUUUUUUGUCAUAAUUUUUGUAUUGAUGUGAAAAAUAAAUAAAUUUUGAAUUGACUUUGAAUAUUUUCCUCACAUCAACAUGAAUUUAAUUUAAUAUCUACUGCUUCCUCCCAUCAUAAUCAUUAUAAUCAUGAUGUUUUGAAUAUAAUAUGAGUAUUUGAAAGUUAAUAAUUUUGAAUAUAUUCAACUUGCAAGACAAGUUGCAACUGAAAAAAUCCAUACACAAGCUAUGCAUAUCUACUCACUUGCUAUCCCAGAAAAUCUGGCAAUAGCUAUGAGUUUUUAAAAAGUAUUUAAUGAGAAAUACUUAGAGAUUUUCAGAAAAAUCUGAUCAUCCCAUCUGAAAAAAUUCUAUUACCAAAUUAUAUUAAUUUUCAUCUAAGAUCAAAACUUCCUGUGACAUUUCAUGCUCAUUCAGCAAGUAAUCAUUGGAAAAACCAGGAAUGAUAAAUUUGAAUUUCUGAAUAAAUUAUUUCAGUUGUAAAUUGAUAAAACUAUUUUUUUUGUAUUGGUUGGAGAGAAAUUUUAAAAAUAUCUUCUUGAACAGCGAAAUUAUCAAUUAAGAAAUUGUAAUUGAUUAUCAUUAUUAACAUCAGAUAAGUAGCUAUUUUUUAUAAAUAUAUAUGUAUAUUUUUAUUAUAUCCAUAAAUUUAACCAUUUCUCUGUAAUUAAAAUACAUAAUUAUCAAAUUUAAGUAAAACUUAAUUCGAUCGAAUAUUUUAUUAUUGUAAUUAUUGAUAGA